UUGAACGGUAAUGAUCACAAGUUACUUUGAAUCUGUAAAGAAGCCCACGUGGCUUCAUCUGCAUGGAUUUACCUGAAUGUGAUAUGGCUAAUCUGAGCAAAGCUUGCAGCAAUGUGGCAGCCAUCAAUCUGAAUGUCCUGCACCAGUUCAAACCAGGGAAGCCAUCUGAAUGGAUUUGCAAAAAACCAAACUCAAAAGUCCAGUGGCAGGUGGCGGUUGAUCCUGAGACUGGCUCUCAAGACGAGCUGUUCGUGCGAGGCAAUCAGGUGGUGUGGUAUUGUGGACUGACGCCAGAGUUGAAGAUUGCUAGGGUGUCGUACAGUGUGGAGACAACAGUGUUGCAGGCAUUGUGGUGUCAGUUUGAGGACAGCUCCAGACAUGACACAACAGAUGGUGACUGUCAAAAGCUAAGAGGAGUGUGUAUAAGAGAGCAGGAGUGCCUCACUCUCUACCUACUCACUGGAGCAGUACACUAUGUCACCCUGCCAUUUCAGGUUCGGUGUGUUUGGUCCCUUGCCAAUGGUCUGCUGGUGGAGAGGAGUAUUCCGAGCGAUGGUGGGUGUGGUCUAGAGGGUUUGCCUACUCUUUUUACACUCUUGCAUCCCUCCGAUGACCUUUGCCCUGUUACAUCGCGAAGACCAGCAGAAGGUGAGUCGUACAUGUUUAGGGGUGUGGUGUCAUUGGUGGUUACUUUUAACGAAAAGCAAUAGUUUUCAUGGUUGAUAUCCAGAGCAAAUUUUCCAUGUCCCUCUGUUGUUAUGCGCAUCGUCAUUCAUGCACUCCUGGCAUCGUACAUGGUGUUCUAGCUGUGCUAUCAUAGUCAACACAAUCUGCUCUUUGAUCAUCUUUCCGAUCUUCAGUGUCUUAUUUCAGGACUGCAAAGAGCCAUACUUUCUACUAUUGUGCUCGCAGUGAAGCAAUUUCUUAGCUUGAUGUGAUGCGUUUGAAAAUCAUAGCAUUCAGUAGGACAGCUAUAGUUUGCUAGUUAGCACUUUUGCUAACUUCUGUAGCUGCUGCUCGGCACAGUUUUGCGAUCUAAGGCAAAUAAGUCGCAAUUCCAUGUAGCUGGACAACAGCCUAGAUAUUCAUGUGCAUGAUACACAUCAGCGCAGGGUUUCAUCUAGGAUUUUAAGUUUGGGGAGGGGAAGCUUGGAAAGGUUGUGCGCAAAAAAUUUAAGGUCAUGCCCACUUCCGGUCGUAACACCCCCUAUAAUUAUUGUUAUUAGUUAGCUAUUUAAAUCAUUAUAAUUGACAGGCAACUCCAUGUAACUUGGUAUAGAACACUAAACCAUGUACUAAAUAUACAAAUAAUUGUGGUAAGGAAGAUGAUGACCAAAAUUCACGAUAAAAUUGUCAACUUUUUGCACCAAAUCAUCAAAGAUAAUAUUAUCUUUGAUGAUUUAGUGCAAAAACGUUGACCUCGGAAAUUGUCCACUAAUAAGGCAAAUCUCGUGAGCUAGUUAGAGAACAAUAAUUGUGUAUGGUUUUUGUUGCCACAGUAAAAGUGUAGCGUAUCAUGUAGUCAUUUUUACUUGGUUUUUGGGUACAGGUAAUCACUUUGUUACCUAGCCGUGUGUGUAGUAUAGAUAUUUGAGGUAACACAUACAAUUUGAAAGCUGUUUGUGCAGUAAAUUGUAUAGUUUGAAAGUUUGUUAUAAUUAUAGUCAAUCGAAUGGAUGUAAUAGAAGUCUUUGUUACAGAUGACUGUUAGCCCACAAAGUAGACUAUAAUGUGUUAGAUAAAUAUGUUUAGUGAAGCCCACAAAAUAGAACAUGUAUGUAUAGUUUUAUAUGGGUCAUUUAUACAUUUAAACAUCACAAAACUGUUCUUGAAUUUGUGGUAAUGGUUGAGGUGUUGAUGGAGCAAGCAAGAGCAUGCCUGCUUGCUGAAUUCCUGACCUAGCACGAUAUAAGGUUGAGGUGUAAAGAGAAAAUCAUGACCUAGCAUGUUAACUAUGUCAAGUUCUAGUGGUCUCCAAGACCCAGCUGUAGCUAAAUUGCAAAACAAUUCAGUGUGAUUUUAGAAACUUUAACGGAUAAAUGAAGAGGUAUAUAUCACCAUGUGAUUACCGUAUAUCUUCUAAAUUUAUCGGUAAUUACCCCGGACACUUUUUGGGGCAAUUUUUGUUGUUCUAAUACAACGGACACUCCAGUUCUUUAAUAAUUAUUACGGACAAUACCUUUAAAAGUUGAGUUACGUUCAUAGACUGCAAGUAAGACUUAGAGUGCUUGCAGUUGAGUAGCUAGUUUUAGAUAGCUAGUGCAACUAUUCAGUCACACACUGUUCUAUUAAACUUAGCUAGCUCGCAUGCAGCUGCUUGCUUGUUCUAAUUAUUCCGGACACUUCGCAUGCUCUAUAAAAAUCUGUUCCAAUUAUACUCGGACAAUUUCCAAAAUAAUUAUUUUCUGCGGUCCGAUAAGAUAUACGGUACCUCUAUUUGUUUGUGAUUCGCUUUUUCAACCUUUGAAUUUACAAGGUUUUGCUAUAAUAUUAUGCUGACAACCACACUGGGGGGUACUUAUUGAUGCAAAUUUGCCACACAAGCAGUUAGCACUCAAGAUGUAGAGCUGGAUAUUCAUUUUCACGUGCAUUGGUGUAUACCUAUACUGUAUAAUUAAGCCUUGGUGUGCGCAUGCGCAAGCGAGGUAUACGGUAGUGUGUUUGUGUGUCUGUGUAGACUGUUGCUGCCCAUGCAAGGAUCAAUGAUUCAGAAAUGCAAGUAAGAGUUUCUAUAGGCUUCUCGUCACGUUAGAUUGCAAUUUGUGGAUUUGUAAAAUAAUGCUUUGUUCUCGAGUUACUGAUAUAGCUAGGUUUUGCUUGCUUGGAAUGCCAUUGUAGCCUUUUUCAGAACAGUGCGUAGCAAAACCUGUCCAUGGAGUGUUGCUAUACUCUACCUUAGAGUCUGCAAAGCUGCAUUUAGCUGUUUCAUGCAGCCAUUAAUUUAUGGAUUUUGAACUUUCAGCAACCUUUUUAGAAACGAUCAUGGUUGAUGAUUUCCCACUUUUGCACCAAUGUAAAUUUAAAAGCUAGAUCUAGUAGCUUCAUAUGUUAGGUGCCUCCACUGAGGCCGCGAUGCUUUCAUUACUGGCACGGAAUUAUGUGCGUAUAAAUUAUCGUCUUUUCAGGCUGUUCCUUCAUCAAGUAUACUAUAGAUGAUGUCGUUGCUGCUCAAAAUAGGUCAACAUUAGAGGCACAUGGUGCUCAUUUUUAUAAACGUCACUUAUCUGAUAAAGAGGAUGGAUGCGUCACAAAGGAUGGAUGCAAAAAACUUAAGAUUGUGUGCUUUAUAUUAGAGUAUGCAUCCAAUACACAUGCAUGUACUUACUUUCUGUCUAUGUGUAUACAUGUGUAUAGUGAGACAUUGUGAUGAAGGAUGUAUGUUUGUUGGUUGUUGAUGCCUUCUAUGUUGAUGUCUAGUCUGUGGUUAUGAUAUUACAUGGUUGAGGGGGCAAGCAAGAGCAUGCCUGUUGGAACUGAUUACCUUGCACAUUUAACUGGUUUGUAAACUGAUGGUGUAUAAAAAAUGUGAAUCCUUCUAGUUGCACAUGUUUAGUUCAUACUGUCCUGUUAGUUAACGCUACUACUACGUCCAGUUACUGUUCAGGUAAGUAUAUAUGCAGUCAAAACUUCGUACUGUGCAGAAAAUAUUUUGGCAAUACACGCUUGAAUAUGUAGCUAGUUUACAAAUUAAAUAUUAAUUAUUGGCAUGAACAAACACUAUCAAAAUAUUAUAUAGAGCUACUAGCAUGGCUAAGAGGCCACACUAGAUCAGUGAGGAGGUGCUGCAUGAAAUUGUAGGCUACCCACUAGCCAGAGUACAGCAAGGUAACAGAGAUGUGCCAGUCAUGGAGGGCAGUGAUGAUGAGUUUUCUGAUUGAGAACAGUUUGGAGAGGAGCUUGAAGAUCUGGAUAGGACAUUGACACUGCAUGAGCUGAGCACUGUUGUGAAAGUCCUACCACCAACGUCAACCUUCCUGUACAUGGCAUUGUCUGUGCGCGUGUAUGUGUAGGCGACUCCAAGGUACUCCAAAAGGGACCCAGUGG